AAUAUAGACUCUACAAGUACAAUAGUUCAACUGAACUAAAGAUGGCUCCUCCAUCAGUCGGCAGAAAUAUUAAAGAUCCGCUGAAGAUCUGCAUCACUGGGGCUGCUGGAAGAAUAGCUUACUCACUAAUUCAGACCCUGUCUAAAGGGGAUGUGUUUGGUCAUGAUCAGAUGCUGAUCUUGCACCUGCUAGACAUAGAGAAAAGUAAAGAUGCACUCUAUGGUAUAGCCCUUGAGAUCGAGGAUCUUGCUAGCCACGUUGUUUUAGAUUGCGUAAUCACAACAUCACCACUGGAAGCAUUUGCCGACGCUGACAUCGCUAUCCUAAUAGCUUCAAUGCCCCAUCUCCCGGGUAUAGAACGAACAGAUCUCCUCCGAGCCAACGCCAAGAUCUUCAAAGAAACUGGGGAAGCUUUAGAAAAGGUUGCCAAGCGAUCAAUCAAAGUUUUGGUCGUAGCGAAUCCUUGCAACACAAAUGCUCUGAUAACCAUGAAAUAUGCUCCUUCAAUAUGUCCGUCCCAAUUUACAGGACUAUCCAUGCUGGAUCACAACAGAACUGUUGCUCAGGCAGCUAGAAAGCUAGGAGCCAAUACAGAGCACAUUAAGAACGUGGUAGUCUGGGGUAACCACUCUUCCACUAUGUACCCUGAUGUGUCUCACGCUACCCUCCUGGAUCCAGCCACUAACACCCUAACACCUGUUAAGCAGCUUAUAGAGGAGUCCUGGUCCAGAGGAGAACUUCUCCAGAUCGUCAGAACGAGGUUCAAGGAGAUUAUAAACCGACGGGGAAUGACGACAAUGUCGACUGGAAAAGCUAUAGCAGACCAUCUUACUUAUUGGACAAAUGGAACUCUACAGGGCGCACAUGUCUCCAUGGCGUUACCUAGCAACGGAGAAUAUGGUGUACCAAAGGGAGUGUUCUUUUCUUUCCCUGUGACGGUUAGUUACACUGGGAAGGUGUCUGUAAAUACUGAACUCGAGCUGGACCAGUAUUCUGAAGAAAUGAUUGCCACCUCUUACCAGGAGCUCAAAGCUGAAGCCGAAGAGGCUUUGGCGCUCGUCGAGUGAGAAACAUUACGAUCAGUUUGAGUUCAGGAUUCGAAUCGUAUUCUCGAAGAAAACUUCAAUUUUAUAUUACAAUUUUAUAUAUCUAGAAAUAACGACAGCAUAAUUUCAAGAAAUUUGUUAAAAUUUACGAUUUGCCCGUUAUGAAUAUGAUUUAAUUUUUUAUAAAAAUAAUUAUACUAACAUUAAUGUGUUCUAUUCAUCAUAUAUCUUUGCUUAAACGAUAGUUUCUGAUACGUAGUUUUGAUUUAAAUUUAUGAAUAUAAUUUUGUAGAAUUCAUAUUAAUACUCA